GCGGCGCUCCGUAGUCUCCGCGCGAGCAGCCCCGGGCCCGUUCCUAACCCGUCAGUCCCGGGUAACCCGGUGCCCACCGCCUAGGCCUCGCUUCGGCCCCCGGGACCCGAGUGGAGGUCCGACCUGAAUGUACGGCCUGUGCCUCGGGCGGAAAAAUGUGCUGCGAGAAGUGGAGCCGCGUGGCCGAAAUGUUUCUCUUCGUCGAGGACCUGGAGGAGGAUGAUAAGAUCUUCUGCCUCUGCUCCAGGGCGUUCGUAGAGGAUCGAAAACUGUGCAACUUGGGGUUAAAAGGCUACUAUGUCAAAGACAAUGGCAGUGAUGCAGGAGACCAACCCACAGAAGAAGAGGAAGAGGGUCAUGGCACUGCAGAGUCACAUGAUAGCAAAGGGGCAGACCUGGAUGAAAGUGAACUUGAUUCAGAGGCUGAGCUCAUGAGAAGUAUGGGGUUGCCACUUCAGUUUGGUGGGUUAUCUGCAUUCAAGAAUUUUGAGGUAUCUAUGAAUGCUAGAAAUAAAGUCAAAAAAAAGAAAAAGAAAAAACAUCGAAAGAAAUACUUGGAUGAAAUUAUGAUAGAAUCUUGGAGAAAAGAAUAUGAAGAAGAUGACCUUUUGGCUUCAGAUGAUCCAUCUUCAAUUGAUCAGUGUGAGAACUCCAGAACAUGUAAACUUCAAAGCAAAAAAGAUCUUGAAACUGAAAAUCUUCCUGUUGAAAAUGCAUUAUCUCCAACGCUGGAGAUUACAGAGAAAUGGGAAAAGUAUUGGAAUGAGUAUGGAGUGGGACUAUUAUGGCAAAGCUGGCAAGAAAAACAUUCAGAUCAAACACUCUCUUCUGAACCUUGGAACAGUUCUGAUACAAAGGAAGAAUGGGAGCAACAUUAUAGUCAACUUUAUUGGUAUUAUUUGGAACAAUUUCAAUAUUGGGAAGCGCAGGGUUGGACUUUUGAUGCUAUACAAAGCUGUGAUACAGAUACUAAUGAGUCUAAAACAGAAGUUGACAACAAGAAAGAUGAAACAUGCAUGAAAGUGGACUUAAUUUCUUUUCCAUCCUCAGCUGUUAUACUUGGUAAUGAAAAUUCUAGAUCAAGUGAUAAAGAUCAUAAUGAACUACUUGAUGGGAUUAAUAAUAUGACUCUGAAUUCAGAGGAAGUAGAACAGAGCCAAUUAGAUCCAUCUCUGAAUUGUGAUAGUCAUCAGGGGCUAAGUGAAGUUAGCAACAGAAGAGAAUGCCCUGCUUCUGGCCAGAGUGAACCAUGUGAUGGAAGAACCAAGAAAAGGAAUUUGUCUGGGAAUGGAAGCACAAACCAACCAGCUCAGGAGUCACAGGUGUCUUCAGGAGCAAAUGGAAGCAAAGAGAAACCACACAUCAAUGGUAUUGAUGGAGAUGAAAGUGAAGAAGAUCCACCUGAAUAUAAGCCAACCAAACUCAAGAGGAGCCAUGAACUGGACAUCGAUGAAAACCCAGAUUCAGACUUGGAUGAAAAUAGUUCUCUUCUAGGAUUCAAGCAUGGCUCAGGACAAAAAUAUGGGGGAAUUUCGAAUUUCAGUCAUCGGCAAGUAAGGUAUCUAGAGAAGAAUGUGAAGCAUAAGUCAAAGUUCCUAGACAUGCGAAGACAAAUAAACAUGAAAAAUAAACACAUCUUCUUUACCGAAGAGUCAGAAAAACCAUUUUUCAAGAAAAGCAAAGCUUUGAGUAAGGUAGAAAAAUUCCUAAAAUGGGUUAAUGAACCAAUGGAUAAAGAAGGAUCACAGGAGUCCUUUUCUCAAAACAAUGCGCAAGACACUUGUACAAGCAGUGAUUCAGAAGAGCAAGAAGUAUCUGUUAAAAACAGUGAUGACUCACUUGAGAAGAGUAACCCAGAACCUGAGAAGUGUCAUUCUGCAUCUGCAGCUGGUGAAUGUGAAACAGAAAAAAAUAAAGAUGACAACAUAGCAGCAUCUGUUACAGAAAAGCAGGAUUGUGUUACUCAGGAAAUACCAGAGUCUGUUCAGAUAGAAACAGAAGCUGAAACAAAAAAGAAGAAGAAAAGGAAGAAAAACAAGGACAAAAAGGCAAGUGGUCUGCCUCCUGAGAUAGCUGCUGUUCCUGAGCUGGCAAAAUACUGGGCACAGAGAUACAGGCUCUUCUCCCGUUUUGAUGAUGGGAUUAAAUUGGACAGAGAGGGCUGGUUUUCAGUUACACCUGAGAAGAUAGCUGAACACAUUGCUGGCCGUGUCAGCCAGUCCUUCAAAUGCGACAUUGUGGUAGAUGCAUUCUGUGGAGUUGGAGGAAAUACCAUUCAGUUUGCCUUAACAGGAAAGAGAGUGAUUGCCAUUGAUAUUGAUCCUGUGAAGAUUGAUCUUGCUCGCAAUAAUGCAGAGGUUUAUGGUGUAGCAGAUAAGAUCGAGUUCAUCUGUGGAGAUUUCUUGCUGCUGGCUUCUCGUUUAAAGGCAGAUGUUGUCUUCCUCAGCCCUCCCUGGGGAGGACCAGACUAUGCCACUGCAGAGACCUUUGACAUUAGGACGAUGAUGUCUCCUGGUGGCUUUGAAAUUUUCAGACUUUCCCAGAAGAUCACUAAUAAUAUUGUUUAUUUUCUUCCAAGAAAUGCUGAUAUUGACCAGGUUGCUUCCUUAGCAGGGCCUGGAGGACAAGUGGAAAUCGAGCAAAAUUUUCUUAACAACAGAUUGAAGACAAUCACUGCUUACUUUGGGGACCUAAUCCGAAGAUCAUCCUAUGAAACAUAACUGAGGUAGCACAGGAAAAAAAGAUCAUGCAGUGAUCAGACAUGGUUGGAUAAGAGCACUUGGAAUUUCUUCCUGUAUUCCCUGAUACUUAUAUUAGCAUAUGGAAUGGAUCUUGUCACUCAGGGGAGGUUGGUAGGUUGAUGAAUGUUAAUGAAGUGCUUUUUUAAGAUCUUUGGAUAAUACUAUGUGCUUCAUACCUUACAAUAGUAAGUGUCUUAUAUGGAAAGGGAGGCUAACCCUGUGCUUAAUGUCAGUGUACGUAUAUAUUUUUUUAAUCUUGUCUGUUUGGGUUUAAUAUUUUUUUAAAUGUUUAUAUAGAUAUCACAAAUGAUGUGUUUGUCUGCUAGAGAUACAAAGAAAACAAUGAAUGAAUAAUAUUCUCCCAACCCAUUUAAUCCCUGUUGGAAAUAAUGUUACACAUAUAAGGCUGGAAUCAUAAACAGUAUAGAAUAGUAUAAAAUGAAAAAUAAAAGCCCUCAAACCCCUUCCCCUACCCUUUAUUUAUCUAUCUAAAGAUAACCACAGCCAACAGUUUUUUAUAUACCCUUUGGAGGACUGAAAGGAAUUACGUUAUACCCUGAUACACCUUUUCUUUUCUCAGUGAUGUACUGUUCUGAACCCCUUCUUUGUUUUUGUUUUUUUUUUUUUAAACUCAGUAGUACAUUUGAAGACCUUUCCUUUUCAAUACGUAGAAAACUACGUCAUUCUUUUAAUGGCCAUUUUGUAUUCCAUCUUGAGGCUAUGCUUUAAUUAAAUUAAAGAGUUCCAUCCAGCUAUUCUACACUGUCCGUAAGUAUAAUGUAUGUUGUUGAACAAGUAUACCUAUAGGGUAUAGUCGGAUUUCUGGGCUUUGUCCAUUUUAAUUUCGACAGAUACUGCCAAACUGCCCUUCGAUAUGGGCCCACCAGCAGUGAUAAGGGUGUGUGUUUCUUGCACCUUCACCAGCUCUGGGCAGGAAGCGUUUUCAUUGUUGCUUUCUCAUGGGUGAGAAAAAGGGUACCUUGAUGUUUAUACGACCAAACAUGGUUUCUUAAUUAUGAAUGAGAUUUGAGUAUAUUUUCAUCUAUUUUGGCCUUUCUAAUAGUUUUGCCCUAUUAAACUGCUUGUUUCUGUCUUUUACGAAGUUUGCUUUUGGAUUUUUAUCUUUUUCUUAAUAAUGGUAUGAGUUCUUUGUAAAUUAAAGAAAUUAGCCCUUUCUCUUUAAUAGAUACUGCAAAUAUGUUUUUCCAGUUUAAUGUUGUCUUUCAACUUAUAUUGUGGGGUUUUUUUUUU